AUGGCUGGAAAACACCCUCAUUCAGAUAUACGGACCCGAAGUCUACUACUCGAUAAUCUACGAUCUGCGGCCGUUCGAUCGCCGCAACCAGUUGUACUUGCAAUUGUUCGCCCAGAAAACUGCAGAGCUGGUGUUACGCUCGGGGAUCUUGCUCCCGCAGCUUCUGAAUCUUGCAAAGCACAGAAAGCCAGCCAGCUCCACAGCGAUCUUGAGCUACAUAAUCACGCUGGUCUCCAACAUAGUACAGAUAGUCUAUGGAAUUCGGAGCCAGAACGGGUUCAAGGUUGUCGAGUACGCCAUUCAGACAGCACAGGCGGUGCUUGUGGUGUUUCUGAUGCUUAG